AUGGCAUUACCACUUCCAGCAGGCCUCGUGCCGAGCGAGGUCGCUUUCCUUUGCGAGAUGGAGCUCGUCACCAUUGUUCCCAGACAACGCCUCGAGAGCAUGCCGCUGUUGAGUGGCGCGACUCCCGUUCUACGCCCACCAUAUCGUGCCAAGAUCCCACUCUGGCUAGCCCUCCUCCUGAAGAAACAACGCCGCGCGAACAUUGUGCCCCCGCCAUGGCUGCAUCCCGACUCCCUCCAGGCCAUCCUCACCCACGAAAAGCACAAAGACCCCAUAGCCUUCUCGCCGCCGCCGCCGCCGCCAACAAAGGCUGACGCGCGCGGCAACGCCCACCGCCUGACAGACACAACCACACUCUCGCCGCCCUUUCUCUCCUCCUGCACAGCCGACGCACCGUCGGGGGCCCUACCCUACCACUGGCUCGAAAUGGCCGAACUGCUUCUCGCGCGUGCGAGCGACGACAUACCCGCCUCCGCGCAGGUGAGGGCCCUGCUGCGCGAUCUGCAAGAGGUGCGUGCCGCCAAGAUGCGCAACAGCACGGCGGACCUCGAAAAGGAUGUCGGCGGCGUCAUGGGCCUCCGCGGCGUCGGUGCCAUGGAGCUGGCGGAGAGCAGGGGGUUCAUACUGGGCGUUAUGGAUGGCGUGCGCAAGAUUGGCGCCAGCACAGAGAUGACAAGGCGGGAGGAGGAAGAGGAUGGAAGCCGGGCUGGCGGCGACGACGAAGACGAGGAUGACGACAUGUUUGGAUAG